AUGGCAAAUGAUCAGCCCAAAAUCCCCAGUUUUGCAUUCGCAUUUGACAUCGACGGUGUCCUCCUACGCUCCUCUCAACCCCUCCCUCGCGCCCACCGCGCCCUCUCCUAUCUCCAAACCCACCGCAUCCCCUUUGUUCUCCUCACCAAUGGCGGCGGCAAGUCAGAACAGGAGCGCGUGCAACAGAUAAGCCAGCUCCUCGAAGUGCCCCUCGAUACAUCAAUGUUCGUGCAGUCUCAUACGCCUUUCGCGGAACUGGCGAAUGGCCACGGCAAGGAGAACUUGAAGGAUAAAUGUAUACUUGUUGUGGGAGGAGAGGGCGAUAAAUGUAGGAGAGUUGCUGAAGGAUACGGCUUCAACAAUGUUAUCAUCCCUUCCGACAUCAUUACCGCUUAUCCCACCCUCUGGCCAUUCGUCUCGCUCGACAGCCACAGACCUUUUGCGAGGCCAUUGGCCCAGAGUGCCUACUCCAAUCAGCAGUCUUCAGGCCAUCCCACAGUGAAAGUCGACGCCGUAAUGGUGUUCAACGACCCUCGCGACUGGGCUCUCGAUAUCCAGCUAGUCCUCGACCUCCUCUUAUCCAUAGGUGGCCACUUGGGCACUCUCUCGACCAAAAACGGUGAUUCGAAUUUACCAAAUCGAGGCUACCAGCAAGAUGGACAACCCGAGCUGUACUUCUCCAACCCGGAUCUUUUUUGGGCAGCGGCAUACCAUCUCCCGCGUCUCGGCCAAGGCGGCUUCCAGGCUGCUCUGGAGGGCGUCUUCAACGCUGUUACCGGCGGCCCCGAGAACGGUGUGCAGUUGCACAAAAACUUAUUCGGGAAGCCCACGCAAGGGACGUUCGAAUUCGCGGAGAAUAGACUCCGACAGCACAGGACUGCCUUACCAGGAGGCGAUGCAGGCAAGUUGAGGAGCGUGUACAUGGUGGGGGACAAUCCCGAGAGCGACAUCAGAGGAGCCAACGAUUACAAAAGCCCCACGGGGAGCAAGUGGGACAGCAUCCUCGUCCGCAGCGGCGUCUACCGGGGCGGAAAGCCCGCACACGAACCCAAAGUCAUCGUGCAGGACGUGUGGGAUGCGGUCCGCUAUGGGCUGCGAAAGGAGGGUGUAGAUACCGACGAAAUGGGCUGA